AGAAGUAGGCAGACUUCUUCUUGAAGCAAGGAAGAUUACCCCACUGAGAACAAUGGUAGACUUCAUCAUACCAACUAACUUCAAACAUGUCAUAGCAGCUGUUAAAGUUGUAUCUGGCUAUGAUGAAGAGAAAAACUCCUACCGCAUUCCUUCUUUAGCUCUCAAACUUGGGCAUUCUUUAAACAAGAUAUCUAGCAUUGUUGAGAGCAAUGCCAUGAUGUAUGGAGAUCAUGAGCGUGCUGAGUGUGCCCGAGACUUCAGGAAAAUACACCAGGCAAGGUGGAAUGAGUACAUUUCUGCUGGUGCUAUAACUACAUUGAAAGAAGCCAAGUGGAACACACCACAGAUCAUUCCUUUCACUCAGGAUGUCAAAGUCCUGCACACACAUCUUGAAAAGAAACACAAUGAGCUCCUAAGUAAGCUCAGAUCUUGCCCUUCUGCUGACAGCUACGCUGCUCUAGCCAAGGUCACGCUGUCCCAGGUCAUCCUGUUCAACCGAAGGAGAGAAGGUGAGGUAUCCCGGAUGCUUUUGUCAGCUUUUAAAAGCAGGGAUUCUUCUGAGCUACACGAAGACAUUGCCAUCUGUCUGUCUGAGUUUGAGAGGAAGCUGUGUCUGCACUUCUCAAGAGUUGAGAUCCGUGGUAAACGAGGGAGAAAGGUUCCUGUGCUCCUCAAGCCUUCCAUGGUUUCUGCCAUGGAGCUGCUUGUUGAAACGCGUGAGCUUUGUGGUGUUCCAGCAGAGAAUCCCUUUAUGUUUGCUAGAUGUGGAGCAAUGUCUGCCUACAGAGGAGGAGAGUGCAUCAACAAAGCUGCUUGCGAAUGUGGCAUAAAGAACCCUGAUGCACUGUCAUCAACUAGGCUUAGGAAACACAUAGCAACCAUGUCUAAAAUUCUUAACCUUAAUGAGAAUGAAGCAGACCAACUGGCUGAUUUCCUUGGUCACGAUAUCCGAAUCCACAGACAGUAUUAUCGGUUACCAGAGGGAACACUGCAGCUGGCAAAAAUGAGUAAAGUCCUAAUGGCCAUGGAGAAAGGAACACUGUCUGACUACAAAGGAAAGAAACUUGAUGACAUUGAAAUUGACCCAAAUGAGCAACUUGAGGCCCAAGGUGAUUCCAUGUCAAGUGAUGAGGAGGAUUCCAGUGACCUAUCUCAGACGACAGCACCAGCACCAGUACAGACUGAUCAACCUGUUCAAUCUGAACAAGCUGUUUCACAGGAGGAUCAAGGUUCUUCAAAUGCUCCAAAAAAGAAAUGGGAGGACAGUGAGGUAAAAGCAGUAGAGAGACACAUGAUGAGUUUCAUCAAGACAUGCAAAGUUCCUGGUAAGCAAGACUGUGAAAGAUGCAUUCACGCAGAGCCAGAAGCUUUGAAGCAGGGAACAUGGACUGGUGUGAAAAAUUAUGUGCGGAACAGGAUCACGACUCUUAAAAGAAAGGGUGGUUUGUAGGAAGGCACAAACACUUCAGCACUUUGCACAUUAUGCUCUUUUUGUAGGAAAUGGAGCUAAAUUAAAAGAAAUGAGGAUAAAGGUGUAGAAAUAUUUUGUGGAUGGAAUGAAACAGAAUAUAAAGUGAAAAGUUAGAGUAUAAGAAGGUUAAUGAAGAAGUAGAGGAUAGUAAGAGUCAAUUUUCUUUGUUCAGUUACAAUAUAGUUGGAUGAAAUGUCAUGUUAAACUUUUUGAUAUUUCUGUCAUAGAGGGAGGAGAGAAUGUAAAGAUGAUAAAAAAGGGAAGAGUGAAUAGCUGUGCUGGACAUGGGCUGUGGCUGGAUGUAACUGAUUGGUGAGAGUUGCUGUGUGCAGACGAGAGA